CCCCCUCGGUUGCGUAGUGAAGGCGAGGGAGGCCGGCAGGGAGGGCAAGGCGAGCGCGAUCAAAAAGCUUGCCGCGGCCUUUAGUGGGUUUGUGCCGUGUUGUGUGACGCUGUGGUGGCCGCUGCACGAGAAUGCUGUGAUGUAAGCAACGAGAUUGAGGAUCGUUUGACCCGAGGACCGUGCUGCUAGCUCGCUCUGCUUCCUCUCCGUGUGUGUGUGUGCUGUGUUGUUGGCCCCGCGCGCGGUGGUAGUAUCCUCGCUUUUUAUCACAGGGCGCUAUGCGACUCUCGUGACCGUCGGAGACGCGGAGCAUAUCGUCGCCCGAGACGCUGGCCGAAGCGGCCCGCAGCGGAGGAGCUUUCGAGUUCACGCUCUGGCGACGCUGGUGCUCUAGCAGUCUCGGCUAACCCCCGCCGGGCAAGGCGGCGACGGCGGUGGAAACAGUACCGGUCCUGUGCGAUCCGCGGCAGCAAACCGUUUCACGAAGGUGAAAGACCUUGGAGAGAGCUGCUCGUCGUGCCGUUUUGUUGUCGGGCAGCGCGGAUUCGUCAGCGCUCUGCCGUUAAACACAAGGGUAGACGGCAACAGCGGCUGCAGGAAAGUGGCGCCCGCUGCUUGAAACUCGACUGCUCCUCCGAUCGACCUUCUUUUACAUUUUUUUCUUGGUUCCGGGUCCGUCUGCACAACGGUGCGGGCCGAACGGCCGCAACAAGCGUCGUCCCUUGCCGCGCCGCCGAGUUUCGUGUGUGCGAUCGGUGUUGUGUGCAUGUGCUUCGUGUGAGACCUGCUUGGAUUCCCUGCGACGAGAAAGGAAAGCGCGCUGGCCUCGCGGUGAUGUCGGCGGGCGCAGCGGGGGGACAGCACCGGCGGAGACGCGAGUUUUGGCGGCGGACGCCGUCUACGGCCCUGUGAUUGUGCUUCUCUCGAAGGGGGACCCCUGUGCCCCCCCAAGAAAGCAUCCAAGCUGGCGUCGUUCAGUGCCCGAGAGAAGGCGGCCGUCAUGUCCGAGUACCAAUGGGCGUACUCCUUGGUGGACUCAUCACGCGUCUCCACCUUCCUCAUCUCUAUUCUGCUCAUGGUGUAUGGCAGCUUCAGGUCACUCAACAUGGAGCAAGAGCAGAAAGAGCGCAACGGCCAGGGAGCUGAAAAUAAUGUGCAGACACUGGACACGAUGCAAGCUCUAUGCCUUCCACUGGGCGCUUCCAUCUCCCUUCUGGUCAUGUUCUUCUUCUUCGACUCCAUGCAGAUGCUGUUUGCCAUCUGCACAGCAAUAAUCGCCACCAUUGCCCUAGCCUUCCUGCUCCUGCCCAUGUGCCAGUACCUCAUAAGGCCGUGCUCCAGUGGCAAAAAAAUUUCAUUUGGAACGUGUGGCCGCUUCACGGCAGCAGAGCUGGUCUCUUUUUCGCUCUCCGUGGCCAUUGUGUGUGUCUGGGUGCUCACGGGACACUGGUUACUCAUGGACGCGAUGGGAAUGGGUCUGUGCGUGGCGUUUAUAGCAUUUGUGCGACUGCCCAGCCUCAAGGUGUCCACUCUGCUCCUCACGGGGCUCCUCAUAUACGACGUCUUCUGGGUGUUUUUCUCCUCUUAUAUCUUCAAUGCCAAUGUCAUGGUCAAAGUGGCCACGCGGCCAGCAGACAAUCCUGUGGGCCUGGUUGCCAAGAAGCUCCACCUGGGCAGCAUGGUUAGGGAGGCCCCUAAGCUGUCGCUCCCUGGAAAGCUGGUUUUUCCAAGUGUGCAUAGCAGUGGCCACUUCUCCAUGCUGGGUUUAGGUGAUAUCGUGAUGCCAGGCCUGCUUCUGUGCUUCGUGCUGCGCUACGACGCCUACAAAAAGGCCCAGCUGAGCUCGGCCGAGACGGGCGUGCCGCCGCCCAACCACCUCAACAAGAUCUCCUACUUCCACUGCUCCCUCAUCGGCUACUUCCUGGGCCUGCUGACGGCCACGGUGUCCUCGGAGGUGUUCAAGGCUGCCCAGCCUGCCCUGCUCUACCUGGUUCCUUUCACGUUACUUCCGCUGCUCACCAUGGCCUACCUCAAGGGUGACUUGAGGCGGAUGUGGAGCGAGCCGUUCAUCAGCAGCCCGCCUUCCAAGCAUCUGGACGUCUGACAGACCUCGUGUGCACGUCUGUUUCUUCUGCCGCUGCCGUUCUCGCCUACUUGCCCACACAUCUGAGCACAUGCGUGUGUGUGUGUGUUUGUGUGUGGGACAUUGACUGACAAGCUGCAUGCGAUAGUGCUCGGAAGAAGAAUGCAUCGACCUCAUCACUUCAGCACCUCACGCAACCUGCCUCUCAUCGUCAUCUCCCCCUGGGGACAAUGACCGUUGGCCGUGACUGGAAGUCAUUGCACUGUGGCUGGUCUGUUGGGGUGGGGGGCCACGUGCACAUUCAUCAUCCCUUCAUCUCGAGGUUUGGGUUGGACUCUGCACCCAUCUGUGACUGGCUGGCACAUUGCUUAUAGGCCACUGUGAGGGGAGGAACGGAGUGCGGCGGAACCUGUGCGCAUUGACAUGUCCGGAGUCAUGCCGCGGCUGUCUUGAGCAGAUGUUUGUGUUGACGGGUGAAAGAUGGAAGUCGAAAAGAGGCGAGCCUCAGGUGCAUCCUAGGCAGGAGCUACCCCAUAGUUUGUGCCUGUCAUGCAUGGUAUUUCUUUUUCUUCUCUUUAGUAUUGUCUGUUAUCUACCCCAAGUAGUAGACGUUAGCACACGUGAAAGAGUCCAAAAAGAAGAAAAAGAAAAGAAAGCGACAGAUUGUAGAAGGACGGCGAAUCAGGGACAUUGGAAGUUUUCCAUAUUGUAAGCAUCGCACACGAGAACACGCGCUCGUCUUUUGCUCUCCUUGAGGCAGCCUUUCCCAUCUGAGCACUGCUUCCAAAAUGGUAACUUAUACUGGUGUCACAUGACCACUUUUGAUCGCGAUCAAGCCCGAUCCGGAUCUAAAUGCUCUAUGGCGAUUGGCUCCCUCGCGCAGCUUGCCCAAUGGAGCCAAUCACCGUCCGAGAAAUUUUAUUCGAAUCGGGCUCGAUCGCGAUCAAAAGUGUGCUGCGUUACACCUGCACUACAUAUUGCCUGUUUCAAUAAGCUUCUACAGUCCAAAGUGGUAGAGUCGUGUGUAUUCUAAAGCUUUUAGAAAAAAGAAAAAUUAGGAGGAUGGCAUUUUGAGGCAUUCUUGCACUGGGCUCAACUGCACUUGCCAGUGCCAUCUCGAGCUCGGAAGAGGCUCCUAUGUGCUCUGUAUACUGGGUGCAUUGGCCUGUCUUGUUACAAAGUCUGAGGUGGCAACAGGUAGCAGGGAGAGUGCGCGGUUGAUAAUGUUUCUGUUGCUUGCCAAUAGGCCAUGUCCAAAGCAUGAUGACCACGAUGUGUUUCCAGCUCUGAAGUCACUUCCGACACAUGCAGUUCACGAAAGCAAAGCCUUCGAGAUCUGUUUCAGUUACUGUGGAGAUACGGAUGCUAGGGGCUGGCUUUGAACGCUACCUGUUCCACCAUUCUCGCUUCGUUUCUCCCGUUGUACUGCAUGCUCAUGCUCUUUGACCGUUUAGCGUGGAAGGCAGGUCAGUAUGCCAAAAAAAAAAAAACUUUUUUCUAGCUCGAUUUCAUGAGAUGUGAAAGGGUUGGACCAGCAGCCUGUCCUGUUGGCAAGCAACAGGAGAUUGACAUCUGAAGACGGUGUGCUGAUCUUGCCCAUUGUCGUCCCGCCUGUGGCCAAAGCUGGCAGAGCAGAGAAAGUUGCUGAGCCACUCAAGAGAUACUAAUAGUCUGGAGCACAACCAAACACUCUUAGUGACCCCAGAGCCACACUACCUGCAUUCUCUAUUCACAGCUAAGCUUCAUUUCUUUACUGAUUUGCAAGCCGUUAUUUGUUUUCUUUUUUCUUCACAGUAGAGUCUUGCAGGUAUGAUUGCAUUUCUUUGAGGAUGCAAAAGCCUGUGCUCUUUGAUUGCCUCCUGAAUCACCCCAUGUAGUCGUGAAAAGAUACAUACUGGCGUGUUACAUUGGUUGCACCUUUGCUGUUGAAAGAGCAGGGCCAAUUUAAUUAAGUAUGUAUCUUUAGUCGUCUUGCCAAGCUGACUUGCAAGAGCAACUGCAGGGCGUUAUGCCAUCUUUUGUAGAAAUGUUACUGUCAACCAACAGCUGCAAUAUGUUCGUAUUUUUUAUGGAAAGCACGUAGCAAAAGCUUGAGCCUGGGCACCUUGGCACUCCCUAUCGCUCAGAUUGAUUAACUCUAUUCAUCACAUAAAAGUUACUGAAAACUUGUUCAUCAGGGUCAUGGCGCAGUGUUUCUAUAACGCUGCACGUAACUGUUCCAGGACAGGCACCAUUCUGCUCGCUUUCCUGUGGAAGUGGCACCAAAAAAACAUGUUUCGCCCUAAGUAUGAAGCAGUUACAGUGAUAGCUUGCAUCUGUGCAUUGUCAUCUGCUGCCUGCCAAAUGACAUGCACAUUAUAUUGGAGAAGCUAGUCAAAAAUACCUGAUUAGAUAAAGUGCUACAAUAGACGUUAUGCAAAAUCUGAAGUGCGCUUCACCACACAUCUUCCUUUCACGUAACCAAGAUGGCAGACUUCUGGCUAAAAUCGUAAUUGAAGUGUCAACAUGCUGGAUGGUGACAUCGUUCCUGCCACCAUCAAUUCCCCGCACCGUCCAAGCUUUAGAAACACGUUUCUCAGCUUUGACAGCGCCACUAACGUGGGAACGUGGCCACAUUGGUUAGGGCAAGGCAGCUGUGUGGGAAAGCCUGCGUACGGACUUUCACAUAUCGUCUAUUUCGUUUUUUUUUAACUAUGUUAGCAUAGACUAAGUCAAAACAGCACAUUCUGGCUGAAUGUAAACAUCAUAGCUGACACACAAAAAAAUUUUGUCUCAGCGUCAACAUGUCGUCACAGAUGCUGUGACACAGAUUCAACUGUCAGGCGACAUUCAACCUGCAAGUGUUACAGUCAUUGAACGUCCAAGAUUUAUGGGUACUGUGACAGCGCUGUGUGCAUCUUGUCUCUCUGUCUCAAGUUGGAUUGUUCAAAAACGCUACAAAGUGCUGUGAAGAGCCCAUAAUAGCUGUUGGAUCUUUAAGGAAAAGUGAAUUGGCAUGCAUGUAACACGUUCCACUGCCGCUGCUUGCAAAACAAGCGUCUUGCUUUUGGGGCAGCAGCUCUUGCCCCAUCCAGUUUCUCCGUUAAGCCUUCUGCCAGACACGGCCACCUUGUGCAACCCCCUUUUGUGUGCUGCGACUUAUUUAUGGAAUCAUCGUCAUUUGUCAUGCCCGCUCAUUUUGCUGCAGCUAUGUGCAUUUCUUGUGCCGCCUAUUGCAAAGUGCAGGAGUGGCCAAGAAUCUUACUGCUGAAGCCUGCUGCCACAUUUGCUUUGGGUACUAUCGGUUCUUGGCAUGCAGUUGACGAAUGCCUCACUCAGAGUGAAUUGCCCGAGCAUCGUCUGCACAUUUGCCGAGUACAGUUUGCACAGUGCCGCAUUUAGUUGUUCUGGUUCACUGCCAGGUUCAAAUGUGCUUGGAGUGCCUAAAGCAAAUUCAAUGGCCAAAUGUGCUGUACUUGCUGUUGAGUUCGCCAGCUGUAUUGGGAAUCACUAAGCUGAAACUGUACUCGUGCCUCAACGUGCAGUGGAGGCGAUGAAAGAGCUUGAGAAAAGGGACUCGAGCCUGAUGUUCACCCCAUUUGAAGAGUUCUGUGGUGUUAUGUGAAAAUUGAGGAUAUCGGCACUUCGUCACACUUGAUUACAAGGUAGCUGUUGCUACUGCAUUUGUGUAGAUCUUUUAGCAUUGUGGUGUUGUGGAAGCAAGCCUACUCUCAUUAAGCAUAUCGCGUUUCUGCACACCUUUAGCCUUUAAUGUUACGCAACAUAGCUAAACACUAGUAAUGACACCUUUUGCAAACUCUGGAUCGAGGUCUACAGAAGCUUCCAAAUCGGCCAGCCAUCAGCACGUCAGUUACGCCUUGUUAUGUUUGCUGCAGCUUUCUGGUUGCGUGAACAACAUAUUCGCUCUCAGUUUCCCUCCUGUCCUUUAUGACCUUAGGUUUUGUCUUGGCAGCACAAUACAGCAUAUCACCUACUGUGAUGGUUGUCUAAAAGCUUAAUACCAGUACGGCACAGGUCCUCUGCACAUUAUGCAGUCUUCGACCAUCAUGCAUGUUCAGUAGUGUAGUCCAGGCCAUCAAGACCUAAGCCAAUGGCACCCAUAGCCAACUACAGUAAACCCUUGUCAUAACGAAAUAGCUUUAUUCAAAGCAUUAGAGCACAGCUCUUAGGCACCCGUUCCUGCUUUGAGCGUUGGCGUACCUCGGUGUGAAGAGGAAAAUGGAGGAGGAGGAUAUGGCAAAAGCGUGAAAAUAAAUGCAUAAUGCUGUGCGAAACAUGUUCUGCGGUGGCAAUGCUUACGAGAUGGCGCCAAAGUAGUGCGCGCCGUCUAUUCACCGAUGACGCCAUUGAUAAGGCAUGCGGCAAACGCGUCCGCCGAUACCAUAUAUGGAAACAAAGCCCUGCAAGAGCAGAGGUCUACCUGCGGUAGCUACUGUGAAUCGCGCCCACACGUCACCCAUGGGGUACCGCUGCCUCUUGCAAGCUCGCAAUUAGCGAGUCAGUCGUGCCACAUUUCAGUCCGUUUGCAAUGUGCCGUGCAAGACAGAUUGUCCGCACCAGCCAAUAUAUCGCAAAAUGAAGACCCGUAUGGAGCUGCGCCCAAAUUUCACAUUAGGGAGCAUCGUAAUCACUGGUGAUUUUUUUCGUGGUUCCGACCAAGAAAGUUAAAGAAAAUCUGCUGGAGUGGAAGUUGCCUAUGCCGGCCUAUGAGCUCAGGUGAAGCUGGUGGCGGCAAUCUUGCGGAAAGCAGGAAGCAGCCUGCCAAGAGCUUUGCUGCGUUUUGCGCCAACUUUUCUAGCAGUGUUUAAUUGCUUAAUGAAUUUUCAAAUUCUAAUGCAACACUGUGGGCUAUAAGGCAAGCCAUAUUGAAGGUAUCCGGAUUGCAGAUAUCCGAGUGUUGGGGCAUUUUUCUAUCUUAAUGGCAUCAAUAUGCAGCUGCCGCAAAGUAGACAAAAAUUCAUGCAAUAAUUAGCGUUUAUUCACUUUCUUUAAUGCAGUGUAGAAAUUGAUAAAUCAUGAAAGCUGUCAGAACAGAAAACAAUUAAAAACUGGGAAUGUAGCAUAAGAAGUAGCAGUACAUGCAACAAACAUAAGUAUUCAUUAUUAUCUUCAAUAUGAUCAGGUCUUGCCGGUGCUUUACCAUCCUCGUUGGAUGGAUGUUCUCGGAACUGUGAUUGCGACUGUUUCCUUUUAGCCUGGAAUAUAAAAUUUUUCCUUUAGUCUAGAGCAAGGUAAUGCUAAUCUGCAACCUUAUUUAAAUGAGAAUAAUGAUGUUAAUAUGUCAACUGCUUGUACGUCAACUUUCUCAUACACACCCAAGCAUGCUAGCACAUAUUGGGACCCGCACAGCACCGCGCACAGCAAGAUACAACGGCCCGAAACGCAUGAGCUGCGGCGACUGCCGUGCUUUUGCCCCCCCCCCUCACAAGAUGGCAAUUCAGCGGCUUCACUUGACAGGCACUCACUCCACUCCAGUGGUUGUUCUUUAACCUCCUUGGUUUCAACUAACUUACUUGCUUUGUAGAUUGGAUUAGUAUUCGGAGUUAUGAUUGGCACAGGACUUUGGUUGGUAUGAAGUUCAUAGUGGGAAAAUUUACAUGGGGCCACUCAUUGCAGCAUAGACAGCGACCCUUUGGUUUUCUUUGUAUCAACCUGGAAAGGCAAAUAGUCCUGCAAAGGCAUUUCUACCAUGUGGCAACAGCUCCUUGGGACUAUGACUUUGUCAUGCCAUACUAGCAGGCAGAGGAGGCAGCUCUUCACUGUCAUCAGCAGAAUUCUGCCAUCAUCAUGUUGUAUUGUAGUUUCGUCUCUACGUACUUUGUUAUGACAAGUGUUCACUGUUUUCAGACUUCUCUUUCUACAUGUUCUGUGCACAACAGUGACCCAGUGGUGUAUACCUCUAUGCAUGUUGCCCUGCAGGGUAGCAUAAUGCACAUUCACAUGCAUUUGUUUGCUGAUGUAAGGAAAAUAGCUGUGGCUUUUUUCUGCUGUAUAAGAUUUGUGCAGUUCGGUGUAGAAUUGUUUGCUGGCCUGUACUUCAUUCCAAUGCUUUGAUUUUCUUCUUUCAGACUUUGGCACAAAACUUAACAGGGGUAUUAAAGGCGAACAUUACGUUGAGCUGGAGAGAUAGAAUAGGGUUCCAGAAUGUCCAAGUGUCACUUUUAUUGAGAACAAAGCUUUUUUGCAAGUGAAAUGGUGACGUAAACAUAAGACAGUGUUUGCUUCGCCAUUGUGAACGUAUGUCUCAUUUGUAAUUGCUGAAGGGUAACUAAGUAGAUAUACAGCUGUUAAAUUCUGGUGUUAAAAAUAUAAUUACGUUGCAAUCGAAUGUAAAGAGAAGUGCAUUUGCUCGAUCAAAUAUAAUGCCGUAGAAAGAGCUCCUUUUCGAGGCAGCAUUUGUUAUUCUUAAAGUGGCUUCCCCUUCAUGUGCGACCCACUGCAGAAAUUGGGGCAGAGCGUGACCUCUAAAAUUGUCAGUGCAGAAUAGGACAUGUGCAUGAUGCAAUUUAGCCUAAUCUUUUCAUGCUAUGGGCUUUGCUCAAAACAUGCACUGUUUUUUCAAUGUUGUUUUUUUGAGUGGCCAGUGGUGUCUUGGCAAAGAACAAGUGAACCAUAAGCUAUGUCACUCUAACCUGACAUAAUGUUUGCCUUUAGUUCCACCCGAACCUUCGGAAGCUUGCACACAUUUUCAGUGAUACUAGCUUUGUGAUGGUGUUAUGAAAUGCACAUCUUGCCUAUCAAAGUCUGCAUGAAAUGUUAAGUGACUAAAGGCCAACGCACCUCAGUGGUUUAAAUCUGAGCACACCUCAUUGUGUUACCAGACGUUAGUGCACAAGCUUUUGAGGCUUAGGUACACAUCUCUCGACAUGGCAGGUGGCCUUUUUCAUCUCGCCUGCACUGUCAGCACAGCCCAAAUGUCCAGGCUAACAUAGCGCACAGGGAAUCCCAAACUCUUCUCUGCUUUUGAGCAAGAACGUUUUUUUCUUGCACCAUUUUUCCAGAGAAGCCGGGUGUUCUGCAGAGUGUAGGCCUUGACAGCUAGCAGAUGGGGAACUUGAUGCAGAGGUUGCAGUUGCAGAGCCCCAGAUUCAGCAUCAUGCUGUGUCAGAGAGUACAGUUGAACCUCGCAAUAAUGAAACCGGCGGGGGACGUGAUAAAAUUCGAUUUUGCGAGAAUUUUCUUGUUGCGAAAUGAGACAGCACAGAUAGGUAACGCGUUGCAGAACGAAACUUCACUGUCAGAAUUCUGUUAGUUUACAUUGGCAAGCUUUACUCUAAGAUAUAGAACCGGCAUUGACGACAGUACAAAGUGUGCCACAUGCGUCGAUUGGCAUGGCAGUGGCAGCACUGCUGUGGAGCAGUAUUCUCGUUCACUUGCUUUUUGAGAUGCAAUCACUUUUGCGAGAUUUUACAUAACUCGACACUGGGCGCAGAGCAACAGCGAUCCACGCCAUGUUGGCGCAUCUAUUGCCGAGCACAAAUGUGAUCAUAUCUUGUAUAACCGAAGGCAGUCUAGGUUAUGGCCCCUUCGCGCGAACGUACAUAUGGCACUGAAUCCGCAUGCGAUGCCUGUCGAGUGGCACCAAAACCAGCGUAUUGAAGCAAGGGAUGCAUAUUUCCGGACGACCACUCAAUCACGGCCCAAUGUGUGGCACUCCAUGCUGUGACCGCCAUUUCAAGCACCGUAAACAAUUCCGCAUAGGCGGACGUGGAUUUUCUUGUCUUUGCUGCAUUUCUCACUGAGACGCACAGUACACACUGCACAGGUCUGCAAAAACAGUCAUCACAUGCCUAUAGCAACAUGCGUGUUGCCUCAAACGGGCGAUCAACAAACGACGUGUCCGGUGCUUGGUUGUUCUUGUAAACAAAAAUGGCAGCGCCCGUGCAAGUGUAAUGCAGUGGUAUUUUAUGCAAUUUUAGUGCGAAGGAAUCACAUAUGAGCACAUUUUGGAGUCUGCUAGCCUUGCGCGAAUAAGUAAUAUGCAAGGUUAACUUAUGGCAAAUUUCGUUGAUUGACAGCAACAUUUUGUUGUCGAGAGGUACGAAAUACAUUCAAUCCUAUGGGCUUUUGCCAGGGAUACGAAAAUAUUUCGUUGUCGCGGGAUUUCGUUACCGCGGGUUUCGACUGUACUAGCAGCCAUUGCUGUGACGGUUGGAAAAAAAAAAAGAAAGCUUGCUUCUUGUGUGAUCAGAGGCCGCAGCCACUAAAGAGAUGAACUGCAGUGCUUAGACAAUGCUUCUUGUGAAGAUACAGCAUUGGGCGUGCAGCUUCAGCCACUCCAGUGACUGCAAAUCCUUCAUUCCUUCCCCAUUGCACAUUUCAUAGCAGACGUGCACACUCAGCACGCCUUAUUUCAGUUGAACGCACAGGCCUCUUUGUAUCUGCUACCAGAAGGUUGGAGAAAGCUAAGCUUAGGGGUUGAAGUCCCGCAACCCUCUGUCCCCCGGUCACACCUGCAAGCAUCGCUAGUCCGCCAGAGAUCAUUCGCAUCGUCGAUAUUUGAUAGGUUCUUGCCCCUCUGUCUAAGAAGGCCACUGGCCCGCUUGCAAUUUGCAGUGGAGGUGUCUGUUGUGUGGCAGCUUUGUGAUCUUUCAGUUAGUCACUUGGUCGUCGCAAUCGUCUAAAGCAUUUCGUCUUUCCCAGUCUUCCCGGGGUUUCUUAGGAACGCGCCAAUGUGAUGCGGCUUUCUCCGAGUGUUGUUCUUUUUUUUGUAGGUCGUUGAUUAUUUAUUGCAUUCCUGUACACACAGUUGAGAACCAGGUGACAGCAGCUCUACGCGCGAUAUGUGAUGCUGAGGGCACCUCUAUCUCUCUCUCCUUUGAGACUCGGAUCGUUUCAUAUUAGAUUAUACAUAUUAUAUAUAUAUAUAAAUAUAUACAUAUGAAAUGUGUAUAUACAUAUGAUGAAAUGUGAGUUUGCGGCUUCCAGUUGGACAAAGCCAUGGCGAUGUGCCACUGCGACUUUUAUCGUUGUACUAUUGAGAUUAGCGCUUGACAAAACAUAGAGUGAGCUGCAGUGGCAAAAGGGUUUUAUAUCCAUGUGUCUGUGUGUUUUGUGGCUUGUUCCUUAUACAUAUAUAUAUAAAUAUAUAACAAAUGUUGUAAGAGACCUUAAUUCAUGUCGAAGCACAAAAAGUGUAUGUCAUGCCUGAUUGUGUGAAUUGCGUGGUGUGGGCUACAGUGUGAUUGAUCUGACGCACACCUCGGUGUCUCCUAAUUAAAGGCCAAGCACAAAAAGUGUGUUGAGACAAAUGAACUGCUGUUGUUUUAGACUCUUUUCUUUUUGUGUGUCUGUGUGUCUGUCUGGUUUUUUUAAUAAAGCCUCACUGCUGCUUGU